AUGGCUACAAAGCAACCCGUCGAAAAAUUGGCCCUGGCGGUUCGUAAGAAUGUGCGCGAUGAAUGGGAAUCCAAGAAGCCUGAGCAUGAAGAGAAGAUCUCCAAGAUUCUAGGCGAGGCUUGGACCAUCACAACCAAUCCUAACCUGUUGUACGUUUGCACGGACGACGAGUCUUACAAGUCGAGAAUCGGAACCGUGAUAACAUGGUACAUUGACCCAUUCUGCUAUAACCUUGAGGAGUUUGUCAAGUCUUAUGGCGAUGAUGGCAAGGCCGAGCUCAAUUCUCUCUGUUCCAAGCAUCAACUGGAGCUCGCUCCUCAGGAAGACACGAAGUUCAACUAUGGCGGAAUGCAAAUCAAAGAUGGAAUACUUCGACUUGUCUUUGCAGAUGGAAGGCUCGCCGUCAACGCGUCAGAUGUGAGCCGAGAUUUCCAAGAAGCAAUUAAGUCCGCCGCGGCAUCGUCGAAUGGCGCAAGCGCAUUCAACAUUGUGGCUAGAAACUCGGUACGCAGUGACUAUGAUCCGGCGAUUGGAGCUGUGCAAGAAGCCAUUGGAAAUCUUGUUGGCAUCCCUGAUAUCAAGCUGAAUCCCAAUUUCGAGAACAAUGCCAAUGUCUUCGCCCAAGCCGAGGAGGAAAUUAGAUCUGAUUGGGACAAAUGCUUCGGUUCAGCCACUCUAGAGUACUUCGAAGGGCUAAAGUACCAAUUAGAGUAUCUUGGCUUCAAGGGCGAUGAUCUACUUCAAGAGGGAUUCCAGGAUGGAAUCUCGAAGAAGGAAAUCCUGCUUCGCGUCGUGGAUACAUUGCAGAAUGGGACAUACCAUGAAACUUUGAUCGAGGACGGCAUGUUAGUCAUUCAGACGAUACCGAAGUAUUGGUGGACAAAUGUGAGCGAUGUGGGAAGCAAGAUCCUUGAGCAGUUGUAG